AUGGAUAAAACAAAUUUCAAAACAAGCCCUUUCAUUUUCAUCAGUAUCUCUCUUGGCUUUCAAUUAACAUUACUUGCCAGAUUUUGUGUCUGCAAUGCUGCAGAGAGUGAUAUUUAUUGCUUGAAAUCAAUAAAAGAUUCAUUACAAGACCCUUACAAUUACUUGGACUCUUGGGAUUUCACCAAUGCUACCGAAGGCUUCAUCUGUCGUUUUACAGGAAUUCAAUGCUGGCAUCCUAAUGAGAAUAAGGUACUGAAUGUCGCGCUUUCAAGCAUGGAUUUGCAGGCUAAUUGUGCCUACCUUAAUGUUCUGAGGUUGGACAACAAUAAUCUAGAAGGUGAAAUUCCAAGCAGAAUAGGCCUUUUGCUUUGCCUUAAGACAUUUAGUGUAGCCAACAAUAAUUUGACCGGUUUAGUGCCAUCAUUUGUUAGCGAACAAAUCACAGCUGAUAGUUUUGCAAACAAUCCAGGGCUUUGUGGUAAGCCCUUAAAUGGAUGUGAGGAUUCUGAGGAUUCUUGGAUAUGGAAACAUAUCGAUUGUUCCUCAUUCAUCACAGCGUUUGUGGUCGGUUGGGUAUUUUUCUCUACAUCAGUUUUAGUUCUUUGCUUAUUUCAAUUUCCUAGCAAGGCAAUCAACAAGAUAGUCUCAUUCAACAAAUGGAAGCUGAGGUCAAAGGAACAUUCAAGUCCAGGAAGUGAUUCACCUAGUGAAGAAGAAUUAAGUAGCCAACAGAAGAUAUUAAGGCUGGAGAAGUUUGUCACUAGAAUGAGUUUCAAGGAGUUGGCAAUAACAACUUCUGAUUUUUGUGAAGACUAUUUAGUAGGAAAUGGAAUGCUGGGGAAAGUGUACAAAGCAAUUCUUCCAAAUGGCUGGCCACUUGCCAUCAAGAAGCUCAAUGAAUGGGAGAAUUUGGAGGACGAGUUCGUGUGUGAGAUAACAACUCUCGGUGGCCUGAGACAUCGGAACCUAUUGCCUCUUAUAGGUUUCUGCGCUGAAAAGGAAAAAAGACUUCUUGUUUACAAAUACAUGCAUAGUGGAAAUCUUCAUGAAUGGCUGCACUCAACCGAAUAUACGGCCCAUAUUUUGGACUUCCCUCUUAGACUUAAAAUUGCACUUGGGAUAGCAAAAGGCCUGAUAGAAAUUUUGAACCAAAAAUAUCCAACUUUUGGGAAGCGAAAUUCUGGAGUAAGAAUGACAACUGCAUUAAGUUGGAGUCUUUUCCCAGCAGCUGAAUAUUCAAAUUUAGGUUGUUAUAAGCAAGAUAUCUACUGCUUUGGUGUGAUGCUUCUUGAGCUGGUUACUGGGAAGGAACCACAUGAAUUGACCAGCUCAAGAAAUCUAUUUGAUCGCUCUCCUUGUCUACUUGAUGCAGAUAGAGAUUUGCUUGGAAAAGGAAUCAACGAUUUGAUCCUCCAAUUUCUAGAGUUAGCUUGUGACUGUGUGAAGUUCUUUCCUAAUGAAAGGCCAACAAUGUUGGAAGUCUAUAUGACACACUGA